AUGAGCGGACUGAGAGGCAUUGGAGGCAUGGGGUGCAUGGGAGGCGGUGUGGGAGCAGGCGAGGGCGAUGGCAAGGGACUCUAUGCUGCGCGCCAUGGCUGCAUGCACUUGGGCGUCACGAUCCCUCUGCUGUGGUAUGGCGCAGGUGGGAGCUGGGACAGGUGGAUCUGCGUGUGGAAGGGGAGGGAGUUCGGGGGUUGGGGGAAGUGGAGAAAGGGGGAGGAAUGGGAGAAUGAGAGCGAGGAUGCGGCCUCGCGGUCACCCAAAUUCCCCAAGCUAUUAACGUCGCCCGCCGAGCCGCCCGCACCAGCGGCGCGGAGGAGCGGCGCGGCGGGCGGGUGGAGGGCGGCGGGCCGCCUGCGAGAGCAGCAGCGCGAGGGCCGCUCCGAGCAGGAAGGGGCGCGCGGAGAAGAGCGGGGGCGCGGAUGGGGGGAUGGCGCUGGCAGGGCGGGGGGACUGCGCGCGUGGCGGCAUGGCGGCGGUGAUCAGCGCGCGACGGCGACGGCGAUGGGCGAAACGCGCAUGGCGGCUCGUGCUGCGACGGUCAUGAAAGCAUGGACGCCCGCUGCUGCCGGGAUUUCCGCCGCAAGAGCCGCUGCAUUGCUUGGCGUGCUCCUUCUCCUCUCCUCCGCGCAUCCGGCGCGGUCGGAGCGCCUCCUCGGGUCGCUGCUGCGAUUCGGGCGCGAGUUCGCCGCGACGCGUCUCAGAUGGCGUACUAAUAAAGACACGCCUAUUCCCUCGCUUGCGCAGCUUUCACCAGAACCCGAUCCGCGCAUCGAUAACUACGACUCCGAAGCAGAUGCGAUCGACGGCUCCAGUCUCGACCUGCCACGUGGCCCGCCGGAGCUGUCGGACCCGGAGCUGCGGGUGAGGUUCGGCACCGUCGCCCGACGCAAGGAGUCGUGGCUCGGCAGAGCGAUGGACAUGGACGAGGCGUGGGCCGCGUGGGACAAGGCCGUGGGCUGCGCCGCCUUCCGAAGCAAGCACGCAGACCUCAUCGCCCAGUACCAGAACGACACGUGGCCCAAUAGCAGCAGCUUCCAGGAUGCUUCCUCCCUGCCAUGCUCUGCCCUGAAGCUGCCUCAUGUGUCGAUCCAGGUGGUUUCCUCCCCGUCCAUCCCUGAUUGGCUGGACGGUCUCUACACCUGCCCCUGCCACCUCUCCUGCUCCUUCUCCCGCUCCCCGACCCUCUCCCCCUCCCCACACGCUCUGCUUUUCGAGGGCGAAUUACCCCGAGAUUUCCCAAACCACCGGAGCAGCAGGGAGGGAGGGCGGCCCUUGCUGGUUCACAUGGAUAUGGAGGGGCAUGGGGGCGGGGAGGAGCACACAAGGACUGGUGAUGAUGGUGGUGGGGAUAAUGGCACCAGUGCCACCAGUGCCACCAGUGCCACCAGUGCCAGCAGUGCCAGCAGUGGUGGUAACAGUGGUGACAGGGGCAGCAGGGUCAGGGCGGACAUAAGCGUGGGGUAUGGCGCGGGCGCAGACGUGCAGGUGACAUAUGCGGGGCAGCUGGAGCAUGCCGACCGCAACCGCCAUGUGUCCGGGGUUAAGCGCAAGUCACCGCCGCUCAUCCACGCAGCAUCUCGGCCGUCCAGCUGGCGCGAGCGCAUUGGAGCGCUCAUGCGGCGCAUGGCGCACAGCAUAGGCAGCCGCAGCAACAACAUGAAGGAGGACGAGGCAGACGUGCUUGACACGUACAGCAUGUGCCAGUGCGUGCUUAUUCCCUCAGCAUGUGCCUGCCAUCUCGCUCGCCUUGUGCAUGCUGUGCUCGCCCUGUGUGCAGAUAUACCGGGCCGCAUGGGCAGAGGGUGGUCAUGGAUGGCAGGCACGGGCGCAACAAGACCGGCCAAGGCGGGAGCACAGGCACGCGCGAGGGUGUGUCUGCAGCAACAGCAGCAGUGCAGCGAGAGAGGGGGAAGGGAGCAGGAGGGGAGAGAGGAGGAGGAGGAGGAGGAGGAGGAGGAGGAGGAGGAGGAGGAGGAGGAGGAGGAGGAGGAGGAGGAGGAGGAGGAGGAGGUGGCGGCGGCGGCGGCGGUGGUGUUGGUGGUGUCGCGUGAGGAGCGCGGCUUCGUGACUGAAAAAAUCUUCCACGCGCUGGAAGCAGGAACAGUGCCGGUGUACUAUGGGGCGCCGGACAUAGACAGCUUUGCCCCCCCGGAUUCGUUCCUAAACGCCGAUUCGAUGCAUCGGGACGAGCUGCGGCGCACCAUAGUGGCUGCUGCUGAGGACCCCGUGAAAUAUGCCACCUUCCACGCCUGGCGCAGACAGCCUACCAGGUCCGCCGCCGUCCAACGGCCCGCAUAUGAGCUGGAGGAAGAGGAGUCCGACUCAGAGUACUGCGGCGAUGCAGUCGGCACUGGCGAUGACGACGACGAGGAGGAUGAUCUAGGAAUGUUAGAGGAUGAAGAAGUUGACAACCAGGUCGACGACGUCGCGGAGGAAGAAAUGCAGCCGGUGACACCGCCGCCUAAAAGGAACGCCAGCAAGACAACCGGCGCUGUGAAGCGGAAGGGCAAAGCGCUUGUGGAGGAACCGCGACCGGAACCACGCAAGAAGCGGUCAACUGCCCCGCGCAUGAAGAGCAUGUGGUCUGACCGCGAAAGCACCAUCUUCGUUGCCGCAAGGUGGUUCACCAAGGGGAAGGAGGAGAACCCGGAUUGGAUCCGGGGGAUCAACGCGUUGCAGAAGCAGUGGCGCAACCUGAUGCUCCUCUGGAAGGAAUACAAGCGGGGCGAUGGAGGGUCUGGAAAUGCCUCGGUAGAGAAACCACCGUGGUGGCCAUACAUGGAGCUUUACAACAAGGACACCGCUGCAGCCGACCCGCAUGCGGUCGACGGCGGGGGCGCAAGAAACGUCAACGUGUCUGCCGGCAUAGAGAGCACUCCGACUUCCAAACGCGCGCGUGUCCAUGAGACGGCGACCAUGCAAGCCGCGAUGCUAGUGUCAGCCACCAUCAAGGACUGUCACGGGGACGCCAUGAAUCGGAUUGAGGGCCUUGUGCGCGAAUGGAUGCAGCAGGACCUGCGACUUGCCCGCGAGCGCAUGUCGGAAUCGGCUCCACCUAACGUGCAGCGUGGAACGGUCAACGACAGCCCUCCACCGCCUCGCGCUGCAUCUGCACCACCCCCCGAUCGCCACGCGCCAGUGCCAGACUGUGAAGAUGCGGGCCCGGGCCGUGACGAUGGCGGCGACGUCAACACCGUCACUCCUGGUGAUGAUGAUGUUGAGAUAUGGGUGCGCGGCGCCGACGAUUGA